UACUGCUACUAAUAUCAUUGCUUCUCUUUUGAAAAAUGACGUGAAAAAAUGAAAGCUUGCAUAACAUAUGCUGGACACAGGUUCUCCGCGUUUUUUCAGCUUACUAUAUUUAACCUUGUUUUUCACAACUGCCCAAAAACUGUUCUACUUGGAUUCGACCCUUUGCCCCUUUAUUUUAUAUAUUUGCUCCAGUUGUAUCUUCGGAUACAGCAAAGGGUUGGCAGUUGAGGUCUUAUUGCAUUUGAUUCUGCUAAACUUGCAAUAUUGUAUGCUACCUAAUAUCUCUACUAGAAUAUCACACUAUAGAGAAUAGAAACAUACUAGUAAAGUAAAAAGGGGUCCGAUCCAGUUUUCAUUGUAACCUCAAUCUCCUUUCCGAG